AUGGCAUAUCAUCACAAGUCUGGGUAUCAAAAAGCUAAAGACCGUGAAGAUAAAAAGAAACGUGAGGAAGCGGUCAUUUCAAAAACUGUUAAAAUAACUGAGCUUUUUCCUACGAUUAGUGUCAAUGUCAAUAGAGAAGACCCACCAUCGAAUUCACCUUUACCAUGUGUUGGUCAGUGUGGUUUGCCUGGUCAAUUUGGUCAUGAAUUUGAACCUGAUAACAGUGUUGCAGCUGUAUGCACUCAAUCUAUCUCUCACUCUGAAUCUUAUGAUAUGGUAGACGCAGAGACACUUUCUCAGAAACCAGAAGCACAAGCUGGUUCCAAAGGUGAUGACAAUUCCUUUUCCACUGACAUUGGGCAAUGGUCUGAAGUGGAAAUCAAUGAUACAUUCUGUAACUUUUGGGUAACUCGUGGCAGUGAAUGUUGUCAACAUUCAAAUGCUGACUUCACUAGUUCAAUGCAAAUUGAUGGAAAACAGAAGCGCUACUGCUCACAGAAUCUCUUUUAUCGUGUUCAUUCUCACAAUGGUGAGAAAGUCCCAAGGUCAUGGUUGUGUUAUUCACCAGCAACAUCUUGCAUUUACUGCUUUGUAUGUAAAUUAUUUUCUGCUGAUGAUAAUUCAUUCUCAAGGAAUGGUUUUUGUGAUUGGAAAAAUGCAGCUUCACGAAUACAGUCACAUGAAAACAGCAUUGCACAUAGAAAUGCAACAAUCACAUUCAGCCAAAGAGUACAAGUCAGAGGAUGUGUAGAUUCAGCAAUAGUUGAGCAAUACAGACAGGAAUGUGCAUAUGCAAAAUCUUUUGAUCCAUUCCUUUCCAGUCAUAUUGAAAACCAUGGUGGUAAGGGGAAAGGCUCUGUUUCAUACCUGUCAUCAACAAUUUGUGAUGAGUUAAUUGAUGUCAUAAGAAAGCAAGUUAUGAAAACAAUAUUGUCUGAAAUACGUGGAGCAAAAUUUUAUUCGAUUUCUGUUGACUCUACUCCAGACAUAUCUCAUGUUGAUAGGCUGUCAUGUGUCUUUCGAUAUGUUUUGAACGAUGGCCCUAUAGAAAGGUUUGUGCAAUUUUUAAGCAUGAAAGGACAUGGGGCAGAAGAUUUGUUUAACAGUUUAUACAGCUUUCUGGAAGAAGCAAAGUUGGAUAUAAAAUAUUGCCGAGGUCAGUCCUACGAUAAUGCUAGCAAUAUGGCAGGAAAAUAUUCAGGGUUACAGGCACGCAUUCGAGAGAAGAACCCAUUGGCUGAAUAUGUGCCAUGUUUUUCACACUCCCUUAAUUUAGUCGGUGCAUCAGCUGUAAACUGCGUGACAACAACAGUGUUAGAGAACAUUGCUGAGGACCCCGAGGAGAAGGUUGAAGCUCGCACUACAGCUGCAGGAAUUGCAAAGAAGAUGGAUCAGUUAGAAUAUGGAAUUUUAUUAGAACUCUGGACACCCAUAUUAGAUCGCUUUCAUAAGACCAGUUUAAAACUGAAAAGUCCACAACUUGAUCUAAACGAGGCUGUUUAA